AUUUUAAGUCUCGUCCGGAUCCUGGAGUUUCCUAACCCUAAAACGAAACAUCAGAUAAAAUCUUCUUCAUUGGAUAGGACGCUCAUCGUUCAUCUUCUACGUCUCCGUUGUUGGCGCAACAGAGCUCUCAACCAUGGUGAACGUUCCAAAGACCAAGAAGACCUACUGCAAGAGCAAGGAGUGCAGGAAGCACACCCUUCAUAAAGUCACACAGUAUAAGAAGGGUAAGGAUAGUCUUGCCGCUCAAGGUAAACGCCGUUAUGAUCGCAAACAAUCAGGGUAUGGAGGGCAGACCAAACCAGUCUUCCACAAGAAGGCAAAAACAACUAAAAAGAUUGUGCUGAGGUUGCAAUGCCAGGGUUGCAAGCAUGUCUCCCAGCACCCAAUCAAGAGGUGCAAGCACUUUGAGAUUGGUGGGGACAAGAAGGGAAAGGGGACUUCUCUUUUCUAAGUAAUUGUCUUAAUUUUGUGUUCCCUUGCAUUUUAUUUAUGUUAGAACUCAAAUGUCAUUUUUUGCUUGGAAAUGCAAAUGGAUUGGUUUAUUAGUAGAUCUAGUUGUAAUGUUUCUGUUAUUUGACAUUGCUGGUCUUAUACGAGGCACUCUAUGGAAUUAGUAUCAGUUAGCCUUGGUUCUUGGUAA